AUGGAUAACAUCCCACCAAUUGCUCAUGACUACCGUCGCGACUUCUACCACGAGCUGGAAAAGAAGGCCCACGAGGCAAAUGAAGUGCCAUUGGAGCAGAGUAGGGCUGAGGCUGAGUUUAUGAAGGCGUCCAGCGAUGAGCAGAAGGAUCCGCUGAGAAGAGCGGGCGACUCGCCUCAGAACUUGUUUCAGGCCAAAAAGAAGGAGAGAACUGGUGAAAUUGAAGAAAAAGCGGAAGAUUAAUACGUCUCAGGUGAGAAUAAGAGCAUCUGUAAGUCAUAGCAACAUCGUUUUACCGGUGAAUGUAUGAGUUAUAUAAUUUAUCUUCAGAUCUGCCUCAUCAGCCACAAAAAAUCACCAUUACUAAGCCGAAUAGCAUUUUAUUUAUGUAUUUACUAAUGUAUGUUACAUUAAAACACUCAUUUUAUCAUUGUAAAUAAACUUUAAAACGAAUCUCGCUUUUUCGUAUAAGAGUCUGCCUGCAAGCUGCAGAAGCCUCGGGCGCAGCUCGCCGCCCUCAAAAAUAACUAGAAAAAUUCGAGAAUUUUAUUUUUUCCUCCCUCAAGCCGCAGUUUUCAACGUGUAACUCGUGAAAACCUCGUCGUUUCGCCGUAAGUUUAUUUUUUAGACAAUUUAUAUUAUACUAGCCAACAAAUUUUUGAAGUUUCGUUGAAAACAAGACAUAAAUCGCAUUUUUAUAGCCAAAAUCUUUUUCUGACCCCUAUUUCCUGUUAUUCCCGAUGGCUUUCCAACAGUUUCCUCAAACAUUAUUUGCAUUUCAGACACGACAAAAUAUCGGGCGGGGAGGAGAACCGAAGGAGAACGUCAUGGUCGAACCGGAGGACUGAUAACGCGGUUGAAUCACUCAGCCGACUUCUCGCUUGGGGACUGCGAAUGAGAAAGCCCGCUAAAUUCAAGAAGUCGGCACAUAUGUAUGACGAACUGGACGCGGAGAUGGGGGAGUCCCAUGAAAUGGUAAGAUUUUCAAUUUUUGUUGCGUAUUUUAGGUUGAGCUUUUGCGCAAGCUAGAAUAAGGUAUAGUGGGAAUAUUGCUGUCUUUUUACAGUGAUUUGAGGUGGCGGCUCUCGUUUUUAUGCUUAUUGCAUCAUAAAUUACCUAAAGUAAUAUCGGAUUUUGUAAAAUACGCAAUUUUGUUUAAUGGCUCGUUACUUCUCGGGCUAAAAUACGAUCACUUGGAUUUUUAGGAGUGUCUGCCAAUAUAUUUUACUUACUUAUUGGGUUGUUUUUGACUUUCAAUCCAUCUAUUGGCCUCAAGUAAUAUAUUUUUUGUUGAAAAAAGUAAAAAUUCCCAGGUUUUGACAGAUUCUUCGUUUUACAACCAAAACAAAUUAAAUUCGAGGCUCUAUUUCCCUUUUCGCACAAUGAUUUUGCGCCCAAAUCGUCAUCUCAUCUUUUAUCUGUUGAUUUUUCUCCGUUUUUUGUUGAAAAAACAAGAAUGAAAAAGCAGUAAGGGCAUUUUCUCCGUUCCAUUCGAAAAAUCUUUCCUUCUUCCUUUUCUUUUUGUUGGAACUCUCCAAAAAUGGCUUCACCUUGCGCCAGCACUGUAAGUUGUCGAUAUUAUCCAUCAAAACACGAUUUUCUACACGAAAAAAUCUUUGAAAUUUGAUUUUUUCCCUUUAAAAUAUCAGAAAAAUUAGUGUGGUUCUAUUUAUCCGCUUUUCAAUCGUUGAGAUUUCGUUGAGAACACUCUUCCGAUCACUUGAUGUCAAACUAUGACCUAAUAGCGCCGGUUAAUAUAAUGAGUUUUUCGCACUCUGGUGUGAAAACUAUGCGCAUUUAAUGAGAUUGCGCGUUCAACUCGGUAUCAUCGCUGAUUUUAUUACCCUUUUUUGUCAAUUGGUCUGUGAAAUUUGGUUGGUUGCAGCGAAUAAAUUGUGUUGUGCUUCGGGAAUUACGUUUCUCGGGUGUUGUGUGAUGUUUUGAGAGUUUUUUGUUGAUGUAAUCGUGUUGUUUAUAUGGUAAAGGGAACUCUGCUGACUUUCAACCAGUUGUUUUUGAUUGUUUUGUUAGGUUUGGGAUUGAUUUUUCAAAAAUACGAGAGUAAAUGUCUAAAAUAAGGUCCGUAGAGGGGAAAAAAUAACUUUUUAUUUUUUAAUGGAUUCCGCAACUCUUUUCUAGGAAAUUCUCUCUUUUUUAUCGCCUGAAUCCAACAAUUGCAAAGUCAUUCACACCAUAAUUCCAACGAUCACAAAGUCAUUCACACCAGAAACCCCACGAUUUUGCAUAAUCCUUUAGGCUUAAUGAGCCGAACAGUGGAAUAAUCUCCCAUUUUGUGGGAUCUUCCCGUUCAAUAAGCGUCAUGUCGUUGUUGAUUCAGCCCGCAAACAAGCUGAAAAAAUUCUUUCGGAUUACUAAAGUUAUGUCAAGUAGCCCCGUAAGUUGUGACUCACAGCUAAAAGUAAUCGGUGUUCGGAAAAAUGUGGAAAGCUGUCGUCAUGAGAUUUUUAAUUAAUUGUAGGAACCGUGAAUCAGUUUGAAAGGGUCUUUGGGAUCUUUUUGAAAAAUUUCCAACGGUUUAUGGUCUAAAGCAAAUUUAGGGUAUACUUUAGGUGUGGUAAUGCAACUUCUAGGAAGACGAAACAAUUAUUUCCAUUACAAACUCAUAUCCGAGGUCUAGAAGCCACAAAAAAUAACCUUCGACAUCAGAAGUUGAAAAAUAUAUCGUUUUUUUCCGAAACGCUCGUUUUUCUCUUACAUUACAGUGCGAGACCAGACCCUGUGGCCGAAAGCGCUUCUCAUUGCAUCCAGGAAGUACUGCCGAAUACCCCCCAAAAUCCUCUCUGUCUCACCGAAAAUACGGUUGUUUUGAUAAGACGGCAGUUAUUUGGGGGUAUUUGGAAUGCUUUCUGGACGUUGAGAAGCGCUUUUGACCACUGCGUCCUUGUCCGCAAUGUAAUGAGGGGAAAAUGAGUGUUUUGGGAGAAAAUGGAUAUAUUUUUCAACUUCUGAUGUCGAAGGUUGAUUUUUGUGGCUUCAAUACCUCGGAGCUGAUUUUGUAAUCGAAAUAAUUGUUUCGUCUUCCUGGAAGGUGCUUUAACAGACUUAAAGUAUACUCUAAAUUUGCUGUAGACCAUAAACUGCUAGAAAUUUUUCAAGAGAUCCCAAAGACGCUUUCAAACUGAUUCACGGUUUCUACGAUUAACCAAAACUCUGCUGGAACUUUGAUAACGUAAACCAAAGCGUCUUCUGGCAUUCCUGAAUGCUCGUGAACGUUGUUUGAAGACUUCUUUCAAGUCCAGUUCAACUCCAUCGUUGGUUCCUCUCCCCCUUUUAUUUGUUGCGCGCGGAUGUCUUAUCGCCCUGAGGAGCUGGGGGUAAAGCCUUUGAGAAGCGAUUGUAAAAAGAAUUGGGGGAAGUUUUUCGAGGUUUUUCUUUGAAUUAUGUCAUUCAUAAGAUCGCUGUGGAGGUGUUAUUCUUUUUACUUUUCUCUAGCGGCUUUCGGUUUCGUAGGUUGGUCACGAGGAUUGGUCGAUGACCUGGAAAUGAGGGUUCCGGUGUUGAUUUGUUGAGGAUCCUGGAAAAUUCUGAUGAGAUUUUAUGGAAUUUGACUUUUUUGUGAUUAUUAAAGGUUAUUGGCGUAUUUUGUGUACGGCUAUCUCUGCUUUAGGUUAUUUCGAAAUGAUUUAUGGGCUUUUUCCCAUGGAUAAGAUAAAUUUUUAUAUUUUACUUGAGUUUUUUGCAAAUUUUGACCAAUUUAAUGUUGUAUAUUCCAAGUUUUUGUGAAUAUUACGCUAGAUUAGGGGAAUAAAAGCGAACGAAGCGAGUAUUUUACGAUGAAAUGGUCAAUUUACAUCACCAACUUCAUAAAAAUUACUUCAAUUUUCUCAAUUUCGCUCGAAUUCGAAAUGAGUUUCUGUUUUUGUCUAUGAACGCGCUCAGAAAUCAUCAUGGGUAUUCCAUUAGAAUCCCCUCCAAAACUCGAGAUUCCGUUCGGCUUUCGGAUCACCAGUGAUUUCUUUUCGAGUUUGACGGAAAUGAAGAAAAUGCCGCUCUCGGUGGUUUUGAUCCGAUUUUAAAAGCAUCUUGAAGAAUUGGGGAGCUAACUUUGACUGCGGUUUUGAGUAAUAUUGGUGGGCUGGUUGAGAAAUUUGGUUUUUAGGUGGGGAAAAUGAGGUGAAACUUUGGUUUGAUAUCUAAAAUCGAUAAAAUCUCAUUUUUUCUUGGAAAUAUGGCAAUGCAGAGCGUGUACCUUUGUUCUCAAUGUAUCUUGAAGCCUUCUGAAUGUAGUUUAUAUCCAUACCGCCCCUUUUUUAUCAUCAAAAUGCCAAAAAACGUGAGGUCCCGUAGACCUCCCUGAUGCUCAAUAUUGUUACCUGCAUAUACCAUCAAUUCGUAUCGUAUUUCAUGCGCGCAAAGCUACUGCAACACUCUAGGGAAACAAAUAUCCUUGUUUCUGGGAAGUCAUAAAUUCUGCGUGUUUUUUGGCAGUUUCACAGUAUUUUUUUUUGCGAAUUGUUACCUAAAAAAAUCAAAAAAGUUUUUUGGAAGUUGUAUGAUUUUCACAGGUUUUGAAAUUUUCAGCGUAAUCUCAAGGCUCGAAAGAGCGAUUUUAAAGUGGCCUGAUCAUAUUUUUUGUGCACUUGGGGCUCUAUUGGAUAUUUAUUUGUCCAGCUUUUGUAUCCUCUAUCAUUUUUGCCAAUUGGGCUUAUAAAUUUCCAAACAAUGAAGCAAAAAGUAGUGAGCGGAAAAGAAUAAGAAAUUACGUGCAAAAUAGAGGGGUUUAGGAAGCAGUCUGCGAAUUUGUUUGACUGUAAUAGCGUUAACUUACACUUGACCAGCAGUUUUUUUUUGGUUUGGUAGUCAUUGGUGAUUUUGUUACUUUUUUUGAGGGCUUUCAAGAGUAGCCAGUCAAUUUUCGCGUUGCCACCGAAACAGACUUGUUCCCCGCUGCCGCAAAAAACAUCACUUUACGAAUAUUCGAACCUUUUUUCUUCGUAUUCGGACCUGAAACUCUAUCCUAAAAGACGUCUGUUUUGAUAAAUAAAUUAUUCGAAAACACCUCCAAUAGAAAUGUCUUCCGAAUCAUGGGCACAAAGAGUACAAUCUCAUCCUGUAAGCGAGGAAAUUGAGAUUUUUGGGGGGGAAAAUUUGAUAGUGAUGACAUGGAUAAUAUAAAAAAGUUUUGUUUACCCCUCAGAGGUCGUAAAUAAUGUCGAAUUUGAUUUCAGGAGCCCAUGCUGGGCCAACCGGAUCGUCUCUCAUCGGUUCACAGCCGGAUCGACUUGGAAGACGGACGUGAGUUCGGGUUUCUUUCAAUUAUUUUGUUUGUUUGCCUUCGAAAACACCUCGAAGUUGAUCUUGAGCGGGAUUUUUGGCAGUUAUAGAAUAUAAAAACGAAAGACCGAGGUGGGAGAAGGUUAAAUAUUGAAGAUAGAAUUUAUUUUUGGUUAUUUUAGAGCAAAAUAAAUGGGAUUAAUCCAAAUUUUUUGAUUUUUCUGUUUUCAAUGAUUUUUGAGAUUUUUUAUGAAUGAAUUUUAGCCCAAAAGCCUCCCCAAGGCAUCAUGGAGCUGGUCAGAAGGCGAUUCACUUGUGUCUACCUCAUCUUAGGAUUCAUUUUACUUGUUGCACUUGCUGUUCUGGUGGUUGCUUUAAUGCUGUUAUUUCACAUGAGGAAAAUGGGCACAAAAUUUGAGAAUGUGACAAAAUUAACAGGCAGUGAGAACUUUAUGAGGCUGUACGAAGAUUUUUCUAAUGCCAAGGGAACUCAUCGGAAACCAACUCCUUACAGUGAAUUGAUCAAUAAGCUCACUCCGGAACAGCUGGCACAGGCGAGAAUGUAUGGUAAGUGAUGGGAUUUUGAUUGCUAAGGGAAGAUUACGCUUGUAGAAGCGUUAUAGAUGGGCGUAAGAUGACAAGCAAGCCAAAAAAUGCAAAAAUGAGAGAUUUUGGACAUGGAUGUCAUGUACAAUAUAAUUUUUGACCGUUUUGUGUUACAAGCUUCUUUUAGUUGAAUUUUAUGGAAUAGAAUUGACUUUUGACUUGAUUUUACGCCUUGUUUAGGUAACUGCGAUGCUGUAAACCUAUAGUUUUUAUAUUAUUUUAGGCCUUCUUCCAAGUGAACCUCCGGAAAAUCUAGGCGAGCCGAUCAAGCCAGUUGUGGGUGCGAAAACGACCAAAAAGCCGGAUAUCUCGCUGAAUCUGGAUGAAAACCCGCGACAGAUCUUUGAGAAAGAGAAAACCUUUUAUCAGCACGCCUGGCACGACCCCAGCUGUAAUAUCCAGUGUAAUAAGGCCGAGUAAGUUGAUUUUUUUUUAUAAAUUAUGACCGUUUUUAGUGUCACCAUCCCUCCUCUACUCAUCAUUAGCAUGGACGCGUUUGCUGCGAAAUAUUUGAGCCGAAAUUUGGUCCCCGCCUUGGACACGAUGGCUGAAUGUGGCGCAAGAGCUAAAGUAAUAUAAAAUUUUGCUUUUUUGACCGUGUUUUUGGUGUUGGAUGGUCGCAAAAUGUAGUUCACACCAUUUUCAGUUUGUUUUCCCCUCAUAUCCCACCAAAACAUUCCCGAAUCAUUACACAAUCGCGACCGGACUUUACCCAGAAUCCCAUGGAAUUGUGGACAACUCCGUGUAUGAUAAGGAUAUCUCCCCGAAUGAGGAGGACAUGAAAAGCACCAAGUUUGCCGAGUUCUACAAAGGAGAACCCAUCUGGAGUGCGGCGGUUCGACAACGCAGGCGGAUGUUUUGCUUGUUCUGGCCUGGCUGUUCGUAUAAUAUGACGGGUAAGUUUUAAUGAUAAAAUUAUGGAAUAACGAGAUUUUUGAUGUCUUUAGGGUGGAAUGGGAGGCUUGUAGGGUAUUCUUUUGACUAGGAAUGGCUGUUUGCAUAUUUUUUUUAUAUUAUCCUUGAUAAGAUUUGAGUUUAAUUUUUGGCCAAUUCUGUGGUUAUAAAUGUAAAAUAGGCAUAUAUAAACCGUUUAAUUGUAGGCUACACCCCAACGAUCGACCUCAAAUACAACAAAUCCAUGACUUACUCAUCGCGCAUCGAAAAAAUCAAUGAAUGGCUAAUGCUGCCGGCCGAGGAACGCCCAAGCCUGAUCAUGGCCUAUUUUGAUCAGCCCGACACGGUUGGCCAUUGGUUCACCGAUGAUCGAACAGUCAAUCUGGAACUGAGCUACAUGGAAUCAGUCCUGAAUUACAUGUUCUCCCUGUUCAAAAAGAAUGGCAUAUUGGAUUGUACGAACAUUGUGAUCGUAUCUGAUCAUGGCAUGCAAAAGUUGGAUAAAAGGUACUAUGUGGAUGAAAUGGUGGACACGGAGGGAAUGCUAGUGUCGAACGGAGUGGUUGGAAGGGUGUACUUGAACGAUUCGAGUAGGUUUUUUGAGAUUUUUUAUAUUAAUCAUGAUGGGUCUGAUAACUUUUUUGUUUUUUUUUUUUUUGUUUUGGCUGAAAGAUUAAGACUUUUGAGUCGGAUUUUUGGUAAAAUAAGUGGUUUUCUUUUUUUAUCUGAUCAAGUCGAUUUUUAGAACAUGAUGUAAAUUAUGUCCUGGACAAACUGGAGUGCAAUGACACCAAGUUCAGAGUAUACGAUAAGCAACGAACCCCCGUCAGAUAUCAUUACACAAAAACCAGCAGAAUCGGAGAUGUCUUGUUGGAAGGAAGGCCGGGAUCCAUCUUCUGGCCGUAAGCAAUUUUUGCGUGUUAUUAUAUUGUGCAAUUUGUAUUUUCAUAAAGUGCAUGGACAUUUGUUCUCCUUCGCACUGCGAAUUUUGAACUUUUCCCGCGCUUGUCGCCAAUGCACAGUGCAUUUUUUUUUCUUUUCGCACAGUGCAAACUUCAGAAAAGCAGUUUGCACUGUGCGUUGUCGCGGUCCGCACUGUGCACAAAAAGCCCAGUUUGCACCGUGCAUUUCACUUUUUUUUGUCUUUUGCACCGUGCGCUGGAAAAAUGUCGCCGCGACAUAAGCUUUUUCGAACUGCGUCGCCGCACUUUUGCUGAAGAAUUUGCACGGUGCAAACGGCUUUUUUGAGGUAUGCACUGUGCGAAAAGAGAAAAAUGCACUGUGCAUUGGCGACAAGCGUGCGAAAAAGUUCAAAAUGCACUGUGCGAAAGCAAAAAAAAGUCCAUGCACUUUAUGAAAAUACUGAUAGCCCAACUGAAAAUUUAUUAUGGAAAUUUUGUUUUCAGAAACCGAAAAUCCGACUACAAAGUUGUGGGCGAUCACGGAUACGACUAUCUGGAAGAGAAUAUGCACGCAAUUUUCUUCGCCAGAGGCCCAAACAUUCGGCCGCAAACGGUGUUGGAGCCCUUCCAAAACAUUGAAUACUUCAAUUUGUUCACCGAACUGUUGAGGCUAAAUAAGGACGUCCCCAACAACGGGACUGAUGGAGUACUGGAAGAAGUGGUUUAUAAUGUUCAACCCUUGACUGUGACCACACCUUAUACUCUGCGGCCUGUUCAGUAAGAGUUUUUAUAUUAUUUUUACAAGGCGAAAAAUACGACAACAACUCUCUCGGCCACAAAGACCAUUCAAUAUCUCGGGCUGCGCCUGCAAAUCACUAGCCAAAAAUUUCACGAAUUUAUAGUGGCGGCCUGAUCCAGUGGCAAAAUACCUCCAUCUCCAAGUGAAAAGUCUCAAAUUUCAAAGGGCGCGCCCUUCAAAGCGGUAUUUUUUAGUUGGAGAGGGAGGUAUUUUGCUGCAUUUUUGAUACUUCCCGGAUGCAAAAUGGUACAUUUUUUGCGACUGGAUCAGGCCUGCCAGUAUAAAUUCGUGAAAGUUUUGGCUCGCGCUUUGCAGGCGGAAGCCGGGAUAUUCAGUGGGAUUUUUGGCCGAGAGAGUCAGACAAAAACACUUCAGCGAUAUCUCUGCCAGUGUCGCGGCGAGAUUUUUUUUUUGUGAAAAAUAUAACCCUCUGCGGGAGACAUAGGUAGUAAACUUUUCAUGCCAAGAUUAGCAAAAAAAUUACCAAAUUUUUACCUUCUUUCCCUAAAAAUCUCGGUCUUUCUAUAAAACCCGAUCUAGGAUAGCAUACUUUUAAGAAAAAUGAUGAAAAAUUUGCGCUAAAAUUUGAUCAAAAUCUAUGCGUCGCACUUGGAGCACUUCUAUGAGAAAGAUGGACUCAAAAUUUUUUCAGAGAAUGCACCAACAUCCCACUUCACGAGCAUCGAGAGCUCACCGCCUGCACGAACACCACAGAAUGCAAAACUUUUGCAGAAAAAGCGAAUCAACAGUUCCAAAGUUGCGAGGUCCAAUCGACCAGCUAUGUGGGCACCUUCUACACAGCAUCCUCAGGCCUCUGUUUCAUCAACCACUGUACCGCAGCGACGGUUUUCGACCCGGAAAACACGUUUGGAAGCACGAAAAUGGUCUUUGAAACCCUAACCGCUCAAGAUUUUGAUGAGCAAAAGAAGAAAACCAAAGAAAUUUGCGGUCUAAAUGACGUCCGAUACGAUCAGGACUGCGGAAAUUGGACUGGAAGUAUGAAACAGAAGAUUGACGACAAGCUGCAAUGGAAGUCCAUCAUGGCCAAUGAGAGAAGCGGUAGGAGAAGGAAGAGUUGUGAAAUUUUUAAAUUUUCAGCCAUCUCCAAAUACAAUCGACUCUAUUCGUUGAUGUACAAGGACUUUGCCGCAGGACCCUUCAGUUACUUGCAAAAUAUCACCAAGUUUUACACUCAAAAAUAUGGAAAAAUAUUGUCCUUCAGCGGGGUGGCAUAUGACUUUAAUUCUGAUGGUUUGGCCGACUCGCAGGACGAAUUUUGGUGAGUAUCGGGGUGGUUGGAGUAGUAGAGGACAGAUACAGUGAUAGACCUAAUCCAAUGGCAAAAAAACGUAUCAUUUUGCCCCCGGGAAGUGUCAAAAAAUGCCGUUUUUCAUGAAAAAAACUACGAAAACCAUCAUGGAUAAUAUAAUCGUAUCUUCAAAACCCCAAUCAAAGACUAAAUAAAGUCUUACAGUGACGGACCUGAUCCAGUGGCAAAAAACGCAUCAUUUUGCCUCCGGGAACUAUCGAAAAAUUUAGCAAAAUGCCUCCCUCUCCAACUAAAAAACUCCGUUUUGAAGGGCCCUCACAAAAAGAGCGGGCGCUUUUGAAAUCGGAGUUUUUCACUUGGAGAGGGAGGUAUUUUGCGACAUUUUUGAUAACUCCCGGAUGCAAAUUGGUACGUUUUUUUGCCACUGAAUCAGAUCCGCCACUGUAAGACUUUAUUUAGUCUUUGGCUGGGGGUUUUUGAAGAUACGAUUACAUUAUCCAUGAUGGUUUUGGUAGUUUUUUCCAUCAAAAAUGGCCUUGAUAUUGCGUAUUUCUGUGUAUUAUGACGAAAUUGAGGCUUUUUUGAUGACUUGAAGCUCUAGUAUUUUUACAGUCAUAUAUUUCCAGGGCUCACAUCAACUCCGAACCCAAAGGCCAAGACUCCCUUCAAAAGCCCACCCACUUUUUCCGAAUCCUAAUGCGCUGCGAGAGCGGACAAUGGCAUAUCAGCGGGCAGAGUUGCCGCCGAUCAACCGAAACCCAACUCUUGGCAUUCAUCCUGCCGAAUGCGGAGAAGGAGUUGAACUGUUUGAACCCGCGCGAAUAUCUGCUGGCCAACACGGCCAGAGUGAAGGAUAUUGAAUUACUGUCAAAUACUCAACUAUUCCAUGAGAGGAUGUGGUUUGCAGAACGCGAUGCACUCCGGUGGAGGACGAACAUCACUUUGAGCUUGUGGUAA